CCCACAUCACACUUUUCUAGUCACAGGGGCAAUACGGUCAUUAGCGCCGCAUCGACGAGCUCGUCUCCUCUCCUCGCCGGCGGCGGCGGCUGCUGCUGCUUAUACGCCACGCCACGACAGAUCAACCCACCACCACCACCACCUUCUCUGAAUUCUAUCUACCACCUCCUCCUCCAGGAUCCAGAUCCCCAGGCUUGGCACCCACCGCCGCGCCCAUGGCCACUGCCUUCGACUCCCCCACCUCCUCCCCCGCCGCCCCGCCCUUCCACGACGACGCCUUCCUCCACUUGGACGGCUCGGCCACCGACGCCUUCCCGGCCUCUCCGGACCCCUACGCCGUCCGCUCCGAUGCGCCAUCCCCCUUCGGCAUGCCCGAGGCCAACGGAGCCCUCCACGACGACCCCUUCGCCGGCGGUGGGCCCGUCCUCCCUCCGCCCACCGAUAUGGGGCGCGAGGAGGGAUUCCUGCUCCGCGAGUGGCGCCGUCAAAAUGCAAUCCACCUUGAGGAAAAAGAGAAGAAGGAGAAGGAGCUGAGGAGCCAAAUCAUCCUUGAUUCUGAAGAAUUUAAGAAAGCUUUUGUUGAGAAGCGAAAGCUCAACUCUGAGACAAGCAAGGGCCAAAACCGUGAAAGGGAGAAGCUUUUCCUAGCCAACCAGGAAAAGUUUCACGCUGGUGCAGAUAAGCAGUACUGGAAGGCGAUAUCAGAACUCAUCCCACACGAGAUUGCUAACAUUGAGAAGAGAGGGGUGAGGAAAGAUAAGGAGAAGGAGAAGAAGCCUGGGAUCGUGGUGAUCCAGGGCCCAAAGCCUGGGAAGCCGACUGACAUGUCGCGGAUGCGCCAGAUAUUGCUGAAGCUGAAGCACACUCCCCCGCAACACAUGAAGCCACCUCCCCCACCUGCUGCUGGAAAGGAUGGAGCUCCUCCGGCUGCUGCUGGCAAGGAUGGAGCUAAGGUGACGGUACCUGCCAAUGGAAUGGCAGCAGCGGUAGCGCCACCAGCAGCAGCAACUGAGCCCGUCGCAGCUGCCUGAACGGGUAGGACUUUGCUGCGCUGCUAAUCGUUUGCAGUAGGAGGAUAUGCCACUAGAGUUGUGGCAGAUGUGGUGGUGAAAACGGCACGGACUGUGUAUUUUGUUAAGGAGGGAAUGCUAUGCUAUGGACCUUGAUUCAUUACAUUACUACAUACUGUUAUUGCAUUUUGUAGAGAGGGGAUGUGUAUCCAGAUAAUAAUAAGGUAUUAGGAGGAUGUGUGUUAUGGUGGUUGUAUCUUAUGUUUCUUGUUACAAGUGUUUGGGAUUCCCUUGCUCUUGUUAAACUGGUUGUAUGUUAUAUCUGCUGCAUAUAUUGUGUGCUUGGUUUUUCCAUCUCAA